UCUCUUGUUUACAUGACUGACGGGUCAGGACCACGGUGGUGAUGGUGUUAGGGGCAGCUACUGUUUCUCUGUGAACACACAUCCACAGCACCCUUCCACCCUGACAACUCUUCCAGCCGGUAAGAGAAGACAGGACAACCGACAGGAUUUUUGAAGCGGUGUUGGAGCGUUAGAGAAGCGAGGCCAGCGCCAUUCCCAAAGAGAAGGGCUGAGAAGAAACCAAGCUCCAACCAUGGAUAUGGACAUGCAGCCGCAAGGACAGCAAGCAGCAGUGCCAGUGUUUCGACCUCAGAAACCUUUGCAGCCAGACAUGGGCCACAAUGCACUUGCUAAUUUCCAGAUUGAAAAGAAAAUUGGUCGCGGUCAAUUCAGUGAGGUCUACCGUGCAAGGUAUCUGCUGGACAACACGUCAGUGGCCCUGAAGACAGUCCAGAUAUUUGAUUUGAUGGAUGCCAAGGCUCGGCAAGAUUGCAUCAAAGAGAUUGAUCUCCUGAAGCAACUAAAUCAUCCAAAUGUAAUAAAGUACCACGCAUCUUUUAUUGAGGACAACGAGCUGAACAUAGUAUUGGAGCUUGCUGAUGCUGGGGACCUUUCUCGUAUGAUCAAGCACUUCAAGAAACAGAGGCGACUGAUCCCGGAGAGAACAGUGUGGAAGUACUUUGUCCAACUCUGCAGCGCUCUGGAGCACAUGCACUCUCGGCGGGUCAUGCAUAGAGAUAUCAAGCCAGCCAACGUUUUCAUCACAGCGACGGGAGUAGUAAAACUUGGAGACCUGGGACUGGGACGAUUCUUCAGCUCCAAAACCACAGCAGCUCACUCCUUAGUGGGAACCCCUUACUACAUGUCACCGGAGCGGAUACAUGAAAACGGAUACAACUUCAAAUCUGACAUCUGGUCACUAGGAUGCCUGCUGUACGAGAUGGCAGCCCUUCAGAGUCCCUUCUAUGGUGAUAAGAUGAACCUCUACUCUCUUUGUAAGAAGAUUGAGCAGUGUGACUACCCCCCUCUUCCCUCUGACCACUACUCAGAGGAGCUGCGAAAAUUGGUAGACAUGUGCAUCAACCCCGACCCGGAGAAGAGGCCAGACAUCACCUACGUCUACGACAUCGCCAAAAGCAUGCAGAACAUGACACAGGGCAGCUAAGUUGGCGCCACCGUUCGACCAGGACAGCUCCUCUUCUUCUGUUAUCAUGCUGGACUUGUGCACAUCUAACAACUUUUACUCAACUGUUUCUUUGCAUAGCUUCAUAUAAAAGCUUUUUGGUGAUACCACGGGUGUGUGAGUUGACUUGCAGCCCAAAUCAUUUCCACCCCACAAUGGAUAUUAGUUUUUAAAGUCUACCAAGUUACGCUAAGUAGCUUUGUCACUCAGUGUUUGUGACGUAUCCUCUGUGUUUUCAGCUGACUGUUUCAAAAUGGAGAUGAAGUAUUGUUGUACAUUAAGCCAGAUAUAUACUUUUAGAUUCUAGGGUUUCUGACAAAAGUAAUUGAAAAGUGUUUCAUCAAGUGUCCCAAUGGCGUGGAUUGAUCAGUUAUAGUUACUGUAUAUCAUCUUCUUUCUGGGACUUCACAUUCUCUUGCAAAGGCACUGAGGCAUGAAUGUGCAGAUGUAGAUAGUUGCUCACAAGUACUCAAGUCAUAGAUCCACAUUGUUUUAGCGUUUUUGGAAGUUUAGAAAUCAUCGAGAACCUUAUAGGUGGAGACUUGCAAGCCAGAAGUGAAAGCCAUGAAAUCUAUGAAACGGUUUUGGUGUGUCCUUAAAACAUUUUUGUUACUCAGAACUUUGAAUGUAUUCUGGAAACGUAGUGUACCAUAUCUGAAAAAAGCACAUUAACCUCUUAUGUCCCCCAUCCAUUAUAUGUUGUAGAUGACAUCUUUAGUUUUAAAAUGUUGAUCAACUAGCCACUAUUGAAGGACACUGCCUGCACCAUUUCAGUAAUUUCAGUGAGAAAAGGACGGGAAGAACACUAGCACAUACAAUAUUCUUGUAAAACUACAACUUCAUGAAAGAGUGUUAAUGUUAAUACAUUAUGUCUCCAACUAAAGUCUCAAGCUUUAUACGUUAUGGAAUCUGAUAUAUUUUAGUAUAACAGCAUUGUUCAUAAUUGUCCACAAACAAGGACAUUUCUUUUGCACAAAACAACUGUCCUUACAAGACUGUAAUUAUGUCCUUAGUUAUUACUCUCAGUAAGUCCUAUCUCAAACUGCAAAAAGUAAUACUCAAAGUCUCAGAUUUGAGAGGAUACAUUUAGUAAACCAGAUAAAAAGGAUGGGAGUGUCUGCAUUACAUUGUACUGCUUCAAAUGUUUGUCUUCUGAGUAAGUUAUUGUGCAACUAGCAAAAGUCAGUGUUUUCUAUCGUAUUCAUCCCAUUUUAGCAAUGCAUUGUGAUCCUGCUGUCCAUCUGCUUCUGGCUCCGGACAGCCGCACACACAAAACACUUUCCUGAUUUCACACUCAUAGCUUCAAGUCAAGAUACAUAAGAUAAUGAUACAGAUUAGAUAUGAUACAUGUAACUUUUAAUUGGCUUCUGAGAUCCUAGUUAUCUAACAGUCUACCUCAGGCUGGUCAGGACGGUCUGUGAGUGAAAAUGAGGCUUGGCCAAGUGUUUACAAGAUUUCAGUGAUGAGAUUUUAAAGGGAGUUAAAAUGAAAGAUUGAAGAGUGUUAUCGAGAGACGUGUUAUUUUGCACUUUUUACCUUGCUCCUGCAGGGGUGGCACGGUGAUCACGUCUGAUGAAUGUAUUCCUGACAGAACACAGGGAAAGUUAAGGAGCGAGCUGGAGAAAGUGUCUCUACAACAUUUUGAGUGCUUGACAUUUAUGUAUUAUCUCUGACAUAUUUGGAGUUAGAACCACACAGUUUCUGGGUGAUUAACCUCAAAACAGCUGGGUUAAAAAAACCCAAAACAAAUCAUUAGUUAAGAGAUAUGUGAGUCUUUAUCCUCUGAGAGAAGCAGACAUUAACUGUCAGAAACACUCACAUCUUAUUUUGUGUUUUUUUAUGUGUGAUUGUUGAUUUUGCCGUGCAGUGUCUUGUUAAGCAGCAGACCUGUAGAGGCCUUGUGUUCCCAUCCGUGUGUGUGAAUCACAUUGUGCCUUUGGUUUUCAAGCAAUAUAUAAAAAGCGAAGCGUCAUGAAUAGUUUGAUGCCUUUGAAAAGCAUUACCAAAGUGAAUAUUUGCUCGAUGUGUAAAUAUUGUUUCCAUAGUUUACACUUUGGUCCUUUGACUGGUGAAUUGGUUAGCACCAGUUUGUCAUACUGAGACUCUCCAGAUGUGGCUGUGGAAAAUAAUGGUAAGUAAACAUUUAUUGCUGAAAGUGUAUCAAGUCAGUCUAUCUUUCAAUGAAACUGUUGUACAUACAUGAAAAUAUUUUCACAGUAAUGCUAGAAAAGUUUCUUGUCCAACAGUUUUUUUUUUUUUUCCUGUGUAAGUUAUUGUGCGCCUUGCAGAGUCUGUGUUUGCAAUAUUUCGGUUUGCAAUUGUACUUGUCACAUUUUACAUUAAGCAAAUAAAAUGGUGUCCUCAUCUGCAGUGAUAUCUGUUGUCCCAGAAGAGAGAACUUCUGUUGUGUUUGUGAGGGUUCUGAUAUGUACUACAUGUUUGAGUUGAUGCUGUGCGAAAAAGAAUCAAUGACCUGAUAGUAAACAACGGAGGAAGUCUUGAUAGAUCUUUAAAGCUUCAGGCACCUCUGCUUUUGAGCAAACAACAAGGAAAUAACUUUCAUGCUAAAGCAAAGUGAGAACGAAUGUAUGUUCAGCAGUCUGUGGAGAAUAGGCAGUGCCAGGGCGUUUCUGUUCCCCCAACAGUGCAACUUAUCCAGUAUGUAAGUAGAAUUCAGACCAAAGAAGUCGUCUAAGAAAUCAAAGUACCUGGUGCUGACAAGUCUGAAUAUUAAUAUAUACAAUAUGAUUUGCAUUCUUUGCUGCUCUAAAAUGUACAAAAUGUUCUCAUGCUUCUCAUUAUUUUCUGUGACUGCUGUCAGUAAAACACUACUCUUCCUCCAACGUCGUUCAGUAUGUGCUGUGAACUAUCACUGACUAAUACACCUCCUUCAAAGAACACAGCAGCUGAAUUGGUCAUGUUUUUUAUUGAAUUAUUUCUGAGAGUGACGCGUGCUGCGUCGUGGAGCUCCGGGCGGUCUCCUUCCUUGCAUACCGGAGCGCGUCAAUGGGUCUUUGUCGUUUGGCCCGUAGUGAGCCAAGUCUUGAAGUCCUCUUCCAGGUGAGCUCAUAUGUGGUCUUGUCCGUGUUUGUUCUGAGAUGAACGCAUGCAGAGGACCCUGCUUUGGUGGACAGGAGCAGGGGAAUAUUUGUCUUCACACAUCAUUUCUAAUUUUUCAAUCGGUCUACCUCUCAAGGCUGAAUCUUGCUCAACAGACAACGAGGGAGACACAGAAACAGAAACAUCUGGCGGUUUCUCCUGCUCCUGUGGUGCUGAAGAGCUGAGGAGAACGCUGCUGCACUGAGAUAUGUAAUGGAAAGAACCACGAAGAACCUAAUCUCCAAGUCCAAGUGACAUUCAUUGAGGUUGGUCAGUCGACAUGCAGUACUUCAGCCCUAAAAAAACAACAGAACAAAUAGUAAACAGCAAUGCUCUUUCAAACUAUAAAUCUUCAUCACGCCUCUACCCUCCUGACUUGUUAAACACAUGGGUGUUGUGCUGAUGGAGAGAUCCCAUGCUGAACCAUUUAUCCAUACAUGUAUUAAUAUCAUGUUAGCCUGUAAUUACAGUAGUGUCUUGUGAAGUCUGAAUAUAUUUUAUCCUGGAACGGUUGCCAAACGUUCACUUAAAACAACACCGUAAUUAAAGUUUAAUCCCUGUAAAUAAGCAAGUCAUUAGUUGGAUAGUGGUUAAUGUGCUCCCCAAUAUGGAGUGUAACAUUUCCUGCCUGACCUUGUUCUUUGAAUUGAUGAUUACAGUCCAUGUAUACGGUAUAAAGGUGCAUUUUCAAUAUGCGUCAGUUAUUCAACUUUGAGGUGAGUUUUGACUGUGUUUAGAUGGAAAACAGAACUAAAGA